AAAGUUGAGGCGGCUUCAGAGCCGGGCGGUGAGGRCCGGGAGCGCGUGUGGGUACCUGGUAAAGCCGGCGGCUUCAGAGAAGAGCAGCCCCAGUUCAGUACUUCCUCCUGCCGAUAAGAUCUUCGCCAACGCUCGUCACGGGUGGCGGCCGCCGUCGCUGCCCUACUUGAAUCGUUUUCAGACUCCUCCCGAGGCGAGACGGGAGCGGGAGAGCGGCGAGGCGGGCGGGAGGAGGCGAUGCGCGGGGCCGCGCCGCUCCACCCGGCCUCCUCCGCCCCGCGCAGCUCCGCUCCCCGCGCUGCUGGCACGGCCGGGGAGCCGCGGCUGAAACCGGCAUGGGGACCCUAGGCAAAAGGAGAGAAAACCAGCAACCUGCCCAAGCAUGCAGCACUGCCCCUGAAUCAGCACUGGAGCUGCAGCACACCAGCCACUGUCCCAGCCUCUCAAAUCAUACUCAGGUCAUGAUGGUACCAUUGGGGCACCUAGCCAAAGGGGCCACUUUGGAAGACCUUCUUGAAACCUGCAUUCAGUCUUUUGAUUUAGAAGGAAAUGCAUGUCAAAACAACCAGCUGCUAAAAAUAAUUCUGGCCAUGCAUCAGUUUGUCAUCUCCUCUGCAGACAUGCUUCAGAAACUCGUUGAUCUCUAUCUUAAUGCUUUAGAAAAUAACUCUUCCAUUGUGUGUGUAAAGAUAUGCUAUUUUGUGAGGUAUUGGAUUACAGAAUUCUGGAUUAUGUUCAAAAUGGACUCUAAACUAUCCACGACUAUGAAGGAAUUUCAAGAACUGGUUAGAGCUAAUGGUGAGGAGUUACAUUGUCGUCUAAUUGACACAUCUCAAAUAAAUUCUAGGGAUUGGUCAAGAAAGCUGACACAGCGUGUAAAGGCCAACACCAGUAAGAAACGGAAAGUCUCGCUUCUUUUUGAUCACCUUGAGCCAGAGGAGCUGUCAGACCACCUCACCUAUCUUGAAUUUAAGUCUUUCAGAAGAAUAUCAUUCUCAGAUUAUCAGAACUACAUUGUGAAUAGUUGUGUGAAAGAGAAUCCAACAAUGGAAAGAUCAAUUUCUCUUUGCAAUGGUAUCUCUCAGUGGGUGCAGCUAAUGGUUCUCAGCAGACCAACCCCACAGCUUCGGGCUGAAGUGUUCAUCAAGUUUAUUCAUGUUGCACAGAAGCUCCACCAGCUGCAGAAUUUCAACACAUUAAUGGCAGUGAUAGGAGGUCUCUGUCACAGUUCUAUUUCCAGGCUCAAGGAAACAAGCUCAUGUGUUCCUCAUGAUGUCAUUAAGGUGUUUAAUGAAAUGACAGAAUUGCUUUCAUCUUACAGAAAUUAUGAUAGUUACCGACGUGCUUAUAAUGAGUGCAGUAACUUUAAGAUCCCAAUCCUUGGGGUCCACCUGAAAGACUUGAUAUCUCUUUAUGAGGGCAUGCCAGACUACUUGGAAGACAAAAAAAUUAAUGUAUACAAACUAUAUUCUCUGUAUAACCACAUAGAUGAGCUGAUACAACUCCAAGAAAUGCCACUUCCCCUGGAGGCUAAUAUGGACCUUGUUCACUUGCUUACACUGUCUCUUGAUCUUUACUACACAGAAGAUGAAAUCUAUGAACUUUCGUAUGCACGAGAGCCACGAAGUCACCGAGCUGCUCCUUUGACACCGUCCAAACCACCUGUAGUUGCAGACUGGGCCUCAGGAGUGGCCCCAAAACCUGAUCCAAAAACCAUCAGCAAACACGUUCAGAGGAUGGUAGAUUCUGUCUUCAAAAAUUAUGACCAUGAUCAGGAUGGAUACAUUUCCCAGGAAGAAUUUGAAAAGAUUGCUGCCAGUUUUCCAUUCUCAUUUUGUGUUAUGGCUAAGGACUGGGAAGGUCUGAUUAGCAGGGAUGAAAUAACAGCUUACUUUAUGAGGGCCAGCUCMAUCUAUUCCAAACUGGGACUUGGCUUUGCUCACAACUUCCAAGAGACCACUUACUUAAGGCCCACUUUCUGCGACAACUGUGCUGGAUUUCUAUGGGGAGUCAUUAAACAAGGAUACAGAUGCAAAGACUGUGGAAUGAACUGUCAYAAGCAAUGCAAAGACCUGGUUGUGAUAGAGUGCAAGAGAAGACCCAAAAUUUCCAUUGCGGACAGCAGCCCAACAUCUGCUCUUGCUUCAAGCCUCUGCCCAGCAGGAGUCAAAGAACAAUUCCGUGGACAAGAAGAAGGAUCAUUCACCUUUCCUAAUGGAGUAGUGGAGCACAGUGAAGACAGCAAGGACCGAACCAUCAUGCUCAUGGGUUCCUCAGCUCAGAAAAUCUCAGUGAGACUGAAACCAGCUGUGAUUCAUAAAAGUACACAGACUGAUCCUGUACUGCUGGCUGGUGAUGUAUGUCGUAAGCGRAGAGAGAAGAAAGAACACAGAAUUCCAGAAAAUCCUUAUCUCCAGGCAGCUCCAGCAUCCACAUUUCCAAGCCCAAUUCUAGGCCGCAAAAAGGCAUUUGUUAAAUGGGAAAACAAGGACUCCAGCCAGAAAAUGAAGGAGGAGCAUCACAGCUGUAAACCCUCAUACCAGGAACUUGAGCAGGAAAGGAAUAUUUUAAAGGCAGACAAUGAAGGUUUAAAGAUCCAACUGGAACAGGCACAUAAAACAAUUGAAUCUCUUACAAUCCAGAAAAGAAACCAUGUAGUUGACAAUCUACAACACAGAGACUGCUCCUAGCAGAUGAGAGGAAAAAUCUCCUAUGGAAGAAUGUAAGACUAGAAGAAGAAUCMUGAUAAAGCUGCUUUACCAAGUGGACUGGAGAGAGAAUCUGAAGGAUGUUAAGCAGAAAUGUUCUYUUUAUUCAACACAUGUCCCUAUUAAACAUGCACUCCCAGAUGUAUAAAAUCAUUCCUUUGACCUUUGAAAGUAAUUUAACAUUAUGUGUGCAAUGAAAAUAGUAACUGCUGGAUUUGCUUUUAAAAGGAGUAAGAGUGUUGCUGAAGUCUCUGUUCACAUUGAAGACCAUAUUGAUUCCCCAGGGAUUUGACUGCCAGCAGUACACCUUAGUGUGUGAGUGUUCUAACAAAGUAGCUAUUCAUAAGAAUGUGUAACCUCAAAUUUGGCCAAAACUUAGUUUUGCAGAAACAAAUGUUUUAUAAAGAUGGGUAAGCAAAACUGCAGAAAUACCACAUUAAGAAAAACAGUUCCUUCCCCUUGGAGCUGAAACCAAUUAAAACCAUGAAGUGAACAGUCAUUUUUAAUUCCAAAAACUAACAAGAACAUUAAAAUAAGUAGUUAAGCUUAUAUUUGAUUGAUCCUUACACUUUAAGAUAAACUGACAAUUUUUUUAAACUUUCUUCAGAGCUUUAGAAGCUCUGCUGCUCAAAUGCUUACCUUUUCUAAUGUAAGAGAGGUGAGACUAUACAAACUUGACAUUGAAUACUGCUUCCAUUYUUGUGUUCCAUGCCAUGACUUGGAACAUUUAAUUCUACUUAUUUGGUUUAAGGGAUCCCCAUACAGUAGAUAUGGGACAAGGUUGAUUAUAUUUCUCAUGUCAAAACAGAUGCUCUUGUUCUGUAGAACCUUUAGAGCCAUGAGGGAAACUACAGCAAUCCCAGUGCAAUAGCUACUGUAUUUCAGAGCUCCUAACAAGAUUUCUCCACUUUCUCUCUCCUAGAUUUCACAUGCACUUUAAGUAAAGAGUCAAGAUGAGUGUGCUCUUAUGUCUGUAAAUUUUGUAUAGUAAAAGGUGUGAAGGAGGUAACUUAAAGAUACAAAGUGUACAUAUUGUUAAGAGACAACAAAACAGUCUUUCAAGUUACUGAUAAAUCUACUUGUCAGAAGAGCCAAUUUUAAAAUUGCAUUUGCAUUCCAAGAGAAUCUGUAUACUUAACAGUUGUGUAAAACUUGCUUGUAUUUAUCAGAGAUUUGUCAUCACACAUACAGACAUCAGAAACAAAGUCUACUUAAUGCUCCUCAAAACUUGUAGAUUAAAAUUUAGUCAAUUACAACAGCAUCUGUGCUUUGUGCUCAAAGUUGUGUAAAUAUACAUUCCAUCCACAAUUUAGUCAUUAUCAAGAAUAUGAUUUAGUUUAGUGAUUCUAAAUUSUUGUUUUGAAAUUGAUUGUGCUUGCAACUCCACGUAUUAAGCAAAAAUAAAUGAAGGGAAAGAGUAGAAGUAGUAGAUUUUCUGUCGCAUUACUGUAAAUAUCUGAACUGCAUAGGAAAAAAACAGAAGCUCUGAAGACUGCACAGCUUUUUUGACUCAUACACUAAACCUGAAUUAUUAACAAGUAACAUGGAAUUGCACAUUGAUCAGUGAAGCAAUCAGAAAUGCUGUCAGGUCAUGUCUGCAAAAUUGGUUUGCCAUUUUCUGUGAAUUUCUUGGAAUUUGUCCUCUAUUCAGGUAACCAGAACAAGGUGUAUUUGCAUUAGGCAUUUAGCACAUAAAAGUCUGUUUCUACAACUAUAAAGCAAGAUAAAAGUUGAAUAUAUUUUCACUUACUUCAAAAAUACCCCAAAGGAACAGCCAAGACUCAUUAAUCUUGUUGUACAGCCAAGGUAACUGCUCAUUUAGCUGUGGUCUAAACUCUGGAUUUUAACAUAACUUGUGURUAUACCUAUACUGUGUCUAUGAUGGAGGGUGGAGAUCAUGAACAAAAUCUCAGAAUUAGGGAAUUUUCCUUUUAACAUCAGCAGCUGGGCCAAAGGCUGCUGUGUAACCAACUACUGAGCACUCAAAAUUGAGUUAGCACAUAUUUGUACAGUCUUAAGUACUAACUUACUGUUUCUCUGUGUUGUCUACUUGUUCAAUCUAAAAGGCUUAAAAGGGAUCUCUUUGCAGGAAUGUCUUACAGAACAAGGGUGCAGUGCUUCAUGUGUGAAAACUUCCUGCUGCAAAGAAGUAAUUUGAUAUAUGGAUAACUUCAGAGCUCCUUAAGUAUCUUCAGGUUCUCUGUUUGCCCAAAGCCACUAACAUUAAUUUCCUUUCUGUUUUUCUUUAAGUGCUGUUAGUCCCUUCUUCUGGGACUUUCUUUUUCCUGCAUGAAAGACUAAUAGCGGAAUUUGACUACAGGAAAGUUGUUAAAACUGACARUGCUACCCAAAAAGAAUCACUUGCCUCUGUGUUAACCUUCAAGCUGCUUUAUAUUAGAAAAAAAAAAAAGACACAAUUAAAAGUGCUCUUUAAAAGUCAAUGAUA